AUGCGUAAAGACUUAAAAGGUGGCAUUUCUAUCGUUGAAAUGUUAUUUCGAUGCAAUUAUUUGGCACUUGUUGGUGGAGGUAAAAACCCGGCAUAUCCACCAAAUAAAGUUAUUAUCUGGGAUGAUUCAAAGGGCAAAAGCAUUAUUGAAUUGGAAUUUCGUAGUUUAGCGGCACUUUCAUCAUUACAAAAUCAUGCAAUAUUGGCGUUUCCUGGCCCUCUCAAAGGACAUAUUAAAAUUGUAGAUUUAAAUAACUUACGUACUUCCACAGUCGUAACAUCAAGUCCGUCCUCUCCAUCAUUACCAUCUCAUGGGCAUUCAUUUUCUUCUUCUUCGUUAGAAGAAAUUAAUCUUAAUGACAAGAAUGAUAAUCUGCAGCCAACAAAUGUAAAAGGAUCAAAUAACAGGACUUUAGAGAAUAAUAAUGAUGGUGGUGGUAGUGGUAGUACAACUACAAAUGUUAAGAUUCCAAUGUAUAGUAAUAUUCCAGCACAUACAGGAGGAUUAAGUUGUAUAGCAGUUAAUGGGGAUGGAAGUAAAUGUGCAAGUGCAAGUGUAAAAGGGACUUUAAUAAGAGUUUUUGAUUCUUCAUCUGGUAAAUUAUUAGAUGAAUUGAGAAGAGGUGUUGAUCAUGCAGAAAUAUACAGUAUUGCAUUUAGUAAAGAUUCGAGUCGACUUUGUGUUUCAUCCGAUAAAGGAACUGUACAUAUUUUUAAAUUAGAGGCAACAACUGAUAAUACAUUUAAUAAUAGCAGCAGCAGCAGUAAUAGUAUGAACUCAUCAAAUAACGGAAAUUAUUAUAAAAAAGUUAUAGCAAAUGGAGAUGGUGAAAAUCGACACUCAAGUCUCUCAUUUAUGAAAGAACUUUUACCGAAAUAUUUUUCAUCACAGUGGUCAUUUGCUCAUUUCAAAUUACCGGAUCAUUGUUAUUGUCGAUGUAUUUGUGGGUUUGGAAAUGAGGAUAGUGUGAUUGUUAUAUGUGCAAAUGGCGACUUUUACAGGGUUCGAUUUGAUUCCAGUAAAGGUGGUGAAUGUAAAAUUGAACCUAGCUUUACUUUUCUAAAGAAGUCUUUUGGUCCAAUGUUACCAAAUUUGAUCAAAGACACACAAGGUUGUAAAGUUGCAGCUAAAUUUUUGAAAUCUUCUUUAGUCCAAGUUUUCAAAUCAGUGAUUGAAAGUGACGGUGAUGACGAUGACGAAGAUGAGAUUUGA